AUGAGCUUGACGACAGCUUCUGCAGGCGUCGCAGUGGCGGCGCCGGCGUCCGCUCCUGUGUCGGCAGCUGGUCAUCUCCUGAAGUUGGAGCGUCUUGGCGUGGCAGCCCAGCAGAGCGAGCAAAAAGAGCAGAAAGAGCACAAGGAACACAAGGAGCCAAACGAGCACAGCCAUCACAACCACAACCACAGCCAUCAUCACCACCGGCACCACCACUCCUCCGGGGCUAAGCACACCUUUAUCCGUCCGACGAAGCGUAUUUUUGACGGUCCCGACGUUGCUCGCUUUCUCGUCUCGACCGCCUAUCGCGAUCUCGGCCUCUUUAUCCUGCAGCUGAACCAUGCGAUGUGUCCGCGCGCAACGACCCAGACAAUUCCGACCGCCGCCUCGACCACCGUCUUCACGCUGCAGCAGCCGCGCGCGGAUCCGCCGUCGGUCUGCCGGCUACAGCAGCUGCUGGGCCGCCUUGACGCGCUCAUCGACCAGGCGCCGCCCGAUCCGGGUCCACGGCGUUUUGGCAACGCCAGCUUCCGGACGUGGCACCGGCUUCUGGCCGAGCAGGCCGACGGACUGCUACAAGAACUUGUGGGGGUGGGCGGACAGACCGACCAGACCGACCAGACCGACCAGGCCACGGCCAUGGACGAAGUCGCCGCCUACUUUCUCGGCAGCUUUGGCAGCGCGCAGCGGCUCGACUACGGCACCGGCCACGAGCUCAGCUUUCUCGCCUUCCUCGGCUCCCUCUGGAAGCUGGGCGUCUCUAGCUACCUCCGGGUCGUCCGCCGACUCAUCCUCACCUACACGCUCGAGCCGGCCGGCUCCCACGGCGUCUGGGGUCUCGACGACCACUUCUUCCUGCCAUACAUCUUCGGGUCGGCCCAGCUGACACGCCCCAUCGCCGCGGCCACGGCUGCCAGCACGCCCAUGCCGCAGGAAGGCUCGGCGCCGGGUGCACCCAAGCCGGCCGAUGUGCUGCGGCCGGCAACCGUGGCCGUACAGCGCCAACAAAACCUCUACUUUGCCGCCGUCGGCUUCAUCGACGACGUCAAGACCGGCCCCUUUUGGGAACACAGCCCGAUCCUCUUUGACGUCUCCGGCAUCGCCGACGGCUGGGGCAAGAUCAACAAGGGCAUGAUCAAAAUGUACAACGCCGAGGUGCUCUCCAAGUUCCCCGUCGUCCAGCACUUUGCCUUUGGCUCGCUCUUCGCCUGGACCGCCGACCCCGACGCCGAGACACCCCAGCACUCCGUCCACAUGGCCAGCCAGCCAGCCACUGCUUCCACCGCCACCGCUACCGCUACCGCCACAGCCUCGGCCACCAACACCAACGCUGCCGCCGCUGCUACUGCUGCUCCCUGGGCCCAGGCUACUCGCAUGCCCGGCACCCUUGGCUUGCCCGGCCCCGGCAUCCCCUACUCUCGCGUGCCAGCCAGGCCAGGCCUGCCAUCGCGGCCAGGCUCCUCUGCCACAGCCACACCCACAUCCCAGGACGGAGGCUCGACAGCAGCACAGAUCGGCCUGACGAGAGCUCCCUGGGCCAAGUAG